AUAAAUUCUGGUAGUGCCUGUUAAACUAGACGUUACGCGAAAUUCUAAUAGGAUAAAAGCAUAACAACAACAAAAGAAAAGGAAAGAAGAAAAGAGCGCCAUGGCCGAAACACUGAACCAACAACAUCAUGCUGACGAUCAUCAUGAUGAAGAUGUGCACGAUGCCAACUACCAAGCACCGCCAGAAAAAACAAUUGAGGAGAUAAUGGCUGCCGAUCAGGAGGAUGAGAGUUUGAGACGGUACAAAGAGGCGCUCCUUGGUGCAGCCCAAGCUGAAAAAAUUAUUGUUGAACCAAAUGAUCCUCGUAAGGUGAUAGUUAAAAAAUUGGCUCUUGUUGUGGAGGGACGUGAUGAUAUGGAAUUGGAUUUAACCGGUGAUAUUAGUCAACUCAAACAGCAGGUCUUUGUCAUCAAGGAGGGUGUUCAGUAUAAGGUGCGCAUUGAUUUUAUUGUUCAACGUGAAAUUGUCCAUGGAUUAAAAUAUGUGCAGAAAACUUAUCGUAUGAGUCUUCCCGUUUUGGUUGAUAAAAUGGCCCAUAUGGUCGGAUCGUAUCCUCCCAAGAAAGAAAUCCAAAACUAUUUGACACCACCCGAAGAGGCGCCUUCUGGUAUGAUCUCGCGAGGCACUUAUUCCGUUUCCUCAGUAUUCACGGAUGAUGAUAAGCAUAUUCAUUUGAAAUGGGAUUGGACAUUUGAGAUCAAAAAGGAUUGGGAAUAAAAGUGAUGAUGAAUCCACCUACACUUAAAACCCCACACAUACACACACACAAAAAACACACACACACACACACUCACGCGUUCGUAUGUUUCAUCUGUAAUUAUAAAUUGUGAGAGAUAAAUUUUUCCAAAACGCAAAUCAUCAAGUAUUUUUAUUAAGCAAAAUUUUUGAAAUAUUUUUGUAAUUGUAAAUUGUAAUGUGUAUGUAAAAUGGAAACCAUAGAAAGUAUUUUUGAUACCCAUUAAUAAUCCAAUUGAUGAAAUUGUGUGUUGAGAGCAAAAAUCCGUUAAAAGAAACAAAACAAAACAAAAAAAUUGCAAAAAACAAACAAAAUGUGAAGAAAUUAAAUCGGUUAAAUCUACGUUUUUUUUUCGUGUAUAAGUCUUGUCAUUUGAUUUAGCACUCGCUGCGAUCAAUCAGACAGAAGUCAGUCAGUCAGUCAGUCAGUCAUUCAGUCACUUUGAAAUGCCAUUGCAUAUGUUUAACAUAAAAUUUUUUGUCAAUAUAUAAACUUUAAGAAAGUUGCCUGCAUUUGCGCCAAGUAUUUAAACAAAUUAAUUGUAAAGUUAAAGCAAGAAUAUUCAGCAUUUGAACAUUAGAAUCCAAAGAUGAUGAUUUCAUUUCAACUGGAAUGCAUUUGAUAUGUAAUAUGUUGUUUUUUUUUUGCUCAUUGGGCAUUGGCAUUAACUUAAAUAUAUAUAUAUAUAUCUAUACAUAAGUAAAUCAACCAAUGCUGAAAACUUGAUUCUUGAUUCAAACUAUACGAUAAUUAUCUGUCUUUAUGUAAAAUUAAACUAAACAAACAAAAACUCAAAAAAAAGAAGGAAAUUGAAAAGCAAUAAAAAAGUAAAUAUAUAUUUAAAUAUA